GGAGUUUACAGUUAUUCAGUAGUCAACAAUUGAAAUGUUAUUAGUCAGACAUUGAUGAAGAAGCACUCUGCUCCUUCCAUCCACCUCCUAGCCGCCACUACUUUCACCAACACCACCGCCGCCAUGUCAUCUUCUCAACCGUUCCGAGGCGGCCGUAGCCGUGGCCGUGGCCGUGGCCGGAGAAACUUUUCCGACCAUCCUUCCGGCGAAGGAAAUGAACAAGACAUUGUAACUGGAGACUCUCACUUCAAUUCUGUUCGUCAAACCAAUCGAAAUUUCCGUCCUAGGGCACCAAUGCCGAAUAUCCGUCCUAAUCAACAAAUAUAUGGACAAUUGCCGCCUCCUCAACCUUUUAAUCACAAUCAACAAUCCUAUAGAGCAGUGGCACCACCACCAGGUCUCUGUCAGAAUCAACAGUUCAAUAGAGCACCACAAUAUUUGAGGAAUCACCAGUUUAAUCGACCCAAUUAUUAUGAGAAUCAGCAGUUCAAUAGACCGAAUUAUGGAAAUCAGCAGUUUAGUCGACCGAAUUUUUAUGAGAAUCAGCAGUUUAAUAGACCGAAUUUUCAUGGGAAUCAGCAGUUUAAUCGACCGAACUUUUAUGAUAAUCAGCAGUUUAAUAGACCGAAUGUUUAUGAGAAUCGGCAGUUUAAUAGACCGAAUUUUCAUGGGAAUCAGCAGUUCAGGCCGCGGCCAUUGCCUCCCAAGGCUUUGAAUUUUCGGAAUUGGGAGUAUGCUAGACCCGGACCUCCACCUCAUUGCGAACAGUUUUCAGUCUUAUCAUACAACAUACUAGCUGAUUACCUUGCUAUUGAUCAUCAGAGAAAACUUUACUUUCACAUACCACAACAUAUUUUGGACUGGCAAUGGCGUAAAAGAAGUAUCCUUUCUGAGCUUGGAUGGUGGUCAGCUGAUAUAUUGUGUCUUCAGGAGGUUGACAGAUUCCAGGAGUUGGAGGCAGAAUUGAAGUUGCGUGGAUACAGUGGCAUCUGGAAGAGGCGUACCGGAGAUCCAGCUGAUGGAUGUGCAAUAUUUUGGAAUACAUCAAGAUUCAAGUUGGUGCAUGAAGAAUUUAUUGAAUUUAAAAAGUUUGGGCUUCGGGAUAAUGUUGCCCAGAUAUGUGUAUUUGAGUCUCUAGGUCAGCAAAGUAAGAGUUCACCAGCUCCCUCAGCAAGUUGCAGCCCCGGUGACUCCAAUAAGGUUGUAAUUUGUAAUACUCAUGUGCUUUUCAAUCCUAGAAGGGGAGAGAUUAAGCUCGGACAGGUUAGGGUGCUUCUGGAUAAGGCUUAUGGUGUUUCAAAACUUUGGGACAAUGCUCCUAUUGUGAUUUGUGGAGAUUUUAACAGUACACCAAAGAGUCCAUUAUACAACUAUAUUGCCGAGGAAAGACUGGACUUAUCAGAAGUGCCUCGGGAUAAAGUGUCAGGACAGGAAUCAGCUACAAUUAAUACAGUGAAGCGUAGUAGCCUCAAUGCUAGUGCUAGACACCAGGAUGCAGUUAACUCUUCUCAAAGUUCCACAGUGGCUAGUGAGAGAGGGGUGAAAGACAGCAAGAUGGCAUUAGAUGAACAGAAGCUCGAUACUCCAGAAAAAGAUUCAGGAACUGGAUCUUCUGCAUGUACCUUGUCUCAGCCUCAGAGUUCUGUUGUAUAUGAGCCGGGAAGUUCUUGUAUGGUUACCUCAUGCUCCGACAGUACAAAUGAUUUACCUAGAGAAAUCCAUGUUGAAGGUACGAGUGAUGAAGCCAGUUCAUUAGAAUCUUGUCAAGAAGAUGAAUAUGAUAAGGACUCUGAGAGUGGAUAUAACAAUGCCAGCCCUAACGCUACAACAAGCUCUUCCCACCAGAAUUUUGAAGCAGAAGUGCGUACAAGAACCGACUCAUAUGGAGAAAAGGAUGGACAGUCUAAAGUAGGUGAUUUUGGUUCUGAAAAUGUGGUGAGCAUUCAGAGACCUACAAUAGCCCAUUGUUCAGAUGUGUCAUCGACGGGGCAAUUUUCUGAUUCUUCAAAUGCACAUGAAGUUUCUCUUCUGGAAAGCUCUGGAAGUGUGUUGUCAAUUGGUAAAGAGAGUUCCCCUAAAGCAUCACUUGAACUUAAAAACUCAUACACAGAGUCUUGUUUUGACGUUUUGUUGGACGAAAAGAUGGACAACUUGUCACUUAAUGUGGUCUCUGAAGGCACAAAAGAAGAUGAACUUUUAGGCGAAAGUCGUGACACAUUUUUGUCCCAGUUACAUGGUGAAGCUGGUUCCUUUCCAUCAGACUCUAACCAAUUUCAAACUACUGCUCUUGAGGAAAUGGAUGAGUCAUUAAAGAAGGAUGACGGUUCCUUAGAGUUGCGCCCUUUAAGUGAGGAGAUUGCAGAUGAUGCUCCUGAUUUGGAAACUGAGGUUGUUGACGGGGAGAGGUUUAGUUAUGAUCCAUCAGCAUGGACUCCGAUGGAUAUAGAAACUGCUACAGGCAAUGCAGAUUGCACAGUGAUGGAACAUAAUCUGAAGUUGACAAGUGCAUAUAGGGAAGUAGAGUUGCAGGAUUUUGCUGGAACAAGAGAUUCAACAGGAGAACCUGAAGUGACCAACUAUCACAGGCUUUUCAUGGGUACAGUUGAUUAUAUAUGGCGUUCUGAAGGGCUUCAAACUGCAAGGGUGCUAGCUCCGAUUCCAAAAAACGCCAUGCAAUUUGUGAGAGGUUUCCCUACUAAGAAGUGGGGAAGUGAUCAUAUUGCUCUGGUUUCGGAAUUCGCUUUCACAAAUGAUUUAUCCGCUCAGGAUACUAGCGGCCAAAAGCAGUAAAAUUCUGUGCACACCAAAGGACUAUAUGAAUUUUCAGGGGAUGAGGGGUGAUAUUCAUUGUCGAAGAGCUUCAACCAGGAUAUGAAGAAAAGAUGAAGGGGCUUGAGGGUACUAAAUAAUGAAGAUGCUAGUGCCUCAAUAAGUUAAUUGAUACACGAGUUCUGCUUUAAGGGUAGUAUGUGCUUUAUCCCUUUCACUAGCAGUGGGGGGAAGAAGUGAAUUCUAGGGGUUCUACAAAUUGUGUUAAGGAAGCAAACUGUACAACAUCAAUUGCUGUCUAGAUCGUUCUGCAACGUGUAUUGGGAUCAUCAGUGUUUAUGCUUUAAUUUUGAAGUCUUUUUGUUUGCUAGCUUGUUUUAUUCCUCUUUUGUUUUCUUUUUAUGCAUCAGGAAAGAUGAACUAUUGUCAUUGUUCACUUAAUUAACCGCAGAAGUAGUUAGGGUUAUCUUUUACAAAGAAUUUCAUUUAGAAAAUGUUUCACUCUUC